CAGCGAUGGCGGUGGAGAGCUGGACCGAGCGCGCGACGGGCCGCGUAACCGAGGCCGCCCUGCGCCUGCGCCAGCCCGCGCGCCGCUUCGCGGGCAGCGUGCGCUCCGCCGUCACCGUCGGCGCCAUCGUCAUCGGGCGUGUCUUUGGCAGGGGCUUACGAAGACCCUUCCCAUCUGGGUACACCCAAACGCACAUGGUGGAAAUGAUUCCCGCCAAUUCGCAUCCUGCAUGGAGCGUGCUGGGUGUGUUUUCGCGUCGUCCACGCAGAGACUGCCAGAUACGUCAGCAGUCACGUGACUCCAAUGGUAGUUAA